GUGAGCACGCGAGUGCGAUGAUCAUUUGGCGUGCGAAAAAACUUUGAAAAUUUAAAAUAAAAAGAACGUUGUAAGGCGUACGGACGUACAAACGAACUUUGCUUUUAGCGCGCGCCGGUGAAAAAAAUCUACAAUAAGCAGUAUUAUUGUUAAGGAAGUGCACUGUACGGAUAAUGAAAUUGACAAAAAACGCAAAUACAAAACAAAAACAUUCCAAAUGAACUCUAACAAGACGUAAGAAAUAUAAUUAAUAAGCGCUUACAAUUUUCAAAGAAAAAUAUUAUGAACUGUGUGACAAAGUUCAGAAAAAGUGAACAAUCGAAUGAGCUUAGGUUAUAUAAUCAUUAAGUGCCGAACUAAAAUAAACAAAGUAUAUAUACACGUGUGCACAGAAAUACUUUUCAAUUCUAAACAAGUCAGCAAAAAAAAACAAUACAACACAAGUCGCUAAUCUGCAGCUAAGAUCUGUCAAGCGAAUGCAAAGUCGCUGAAAAAACUGCCAAUUCAACGCACACAAAUAAGGCAAAAGGUGAUAGCAAAGUCGCACCACGCAGAUAGACUUCAGAGCCGGAAGAAAAAACCAAACAAAAAAAACACAAAAAACAAAACAUAAACACAAAUAAAAAUUGCAAAUCGCUUCGUAAAUCAACGCAGUCAGCUGUCUACGUAAGGCUAUGUGCAGCAGCUGAGUAUAACUGUAAACAAUUUCCGAAGUUACAUAUAACAAAUCGAAAUUGAAACGCUUUCCUCAACGCUUCGUACAUUCAGCUAACAAACCGAGUUCAACAUGCGCGCCUUCCAACGCGGCUUCUUCUGCUCGGAUCUCACGCUGCGCUAUCCGUACCGCAAGUGCACGAUCACCAUACCGAUGUUACUGAUCUACACACUGCUGCUGCCCAUGCUCUUCAUCAGCGUUGUGGAGAUAAUGCGCAUCUGUAAGUGCUUUCGACUGCGCAAAUACGUAACGAAUUUGGCGCGCAGCUUAUCUAUCUUUAGUUUCGGUUUCAUCGCCACCUAUCUGACCACGGAGCUGGCGAAGAAUGUGGUGGGGCGCCUGCGUCCGCACUUCUACACCGCGUGUCAACCGCGCCUGCCGGAUGGCAGCUCCUGCGAGAGCGCCUAUCAGCAGCUGGUCGGCGGCGGCAUCUAUGUGGAGCAUUACUACUGCGCGAAUCGCAAUUUGAGCGCGCGACAGUUGCGCGAACUGCACGUAUCCUUUCCGAGCGCGCACUCAUCGCUCUCAUUUUACGCCAUGCUGCUGCUGUGCUUCUACUUGCAUGCGGUGUGGCGCGGACGCGGCACUACACGCGUGUUACGUCAUAUACUACAGUUCCUGUUGUUGCUGGUCGCCUGUUAUAUAGCGCUAAGUCGCGUGCGUGACUAUUGGCAUCACUGGUCUGAUGUGUUGGCCGGCGCGCUGCUCGGUGCUAUGUACGCCAUAUUGACGGCGGUGUAUGUGGGGCGCAUGCUGCGGCAGGGCUUCGCAGAUGCGGCAUCAACACAUAAGCAUAAGAAGCAUCAGUACAAGUUGGGUGGUAAACAGCAGGUGAAGCAGCUGGCGCAUACACAUCAUCAUCACCAACAUCAGCUGACAUCGUCGCAGCAUAGACUGGCGCCGCAUGACGCGCGCAGCGGACGCAUGUUGCUGGUGGCAGCCAGCGGUAGUGUCAGCAAUUUGCAGCAGCAGCAGCUGUUGUCAACAGCGCACGAGGAUCUGGAGAAGCAGCAGUUGCACGAGCAAGUGGUUAAAGAGCAUGUAAUUGAGCGCGGCAGUAUUGGUGGUGUUGGCGGCGGCGGUGGUGAUUGUGAGUGGAAGCUGCAGGCGGUUGUGUUGCCAACGUAAAUUGCAAGCAAAGCGUCAUAGGAUCGGGCGCGCAAGCACGCGCUGGAAUGAGGAAGGCAUGCUAUGGUGCAGUUGACGGCGGAACAAAUCUGUAAACACAACACAUAACGGCACAGGCGGUGAUAAGACGCGAGAGGAAUGUCAAUGAAGAGAGUGCGCGGUGCGCUGUGGAAGGAGCGGGGCAGAAAAGCGAAGCGAUGGUAAACUGAUUCGACGCGCUGGAAAUGCACAAUGCGCAUACAAGUGUGAACAAAUUGGUGAGGGUUCGCGCUAAAGUUGCUUAAUAUAGUAAAAGUGGUGAAGGGGUUUUGUUACCCCCUCAACAAAUGGCAUUACUAAUUCAUCAACUUGCUUGAUUCUAACGUGCGGAUGCCAAGUAAACCCAAUAGACUGAAACAACAACUUUUUCUUUAUAAAAUCCUACCUGCGUCGCCUCAUCUCCCUUUACGCGCCACCACUGCGCUUCGCAGCACAAAAGCGCGCAUAACAUGUGCCAUACCAGCACCACAACAACAAUCGACAGCAACAAUAGCCUUGCACUGCCUGCACGUAAUUAUUGGCCAUGCAACUAACUAACCGAACAACAACAAAAAGUAAAUAAUUUUUCACCAAAAGGCAAAAAUGCGCUAUUGUGCAACAAAAAGUGGCAAAAGUCGCACAGCAACCAAAUGGUAAUGCAACAAUUGGCUAAGUGAGCAAAGCUAAAAUUUCGUCUGAAUAUGGCAACAUUGGUAAGCGUGACAGCGCUGGCGUGUUGGCUGCGGCCGCAUGCCUUUCUGGUGGCAUGCCGCAACCGCGCUUAGCUGCUAGUGAGUCACCAACGCUACAAGCGUAUAUGCACGACUCAUAUAUAGUCAUAUCUCUACAUGUAGGUAUGUGUGUGUGUGUGUGUAUGUGUAUGCACUUUCAUAUGCUUAGCGCUCGCUAUUGGAGUUUGUUCCCCUUUGGCUGUGUGGCGGCAACAAUACAUUAUGAAAAAAGUAGCAGCAAACGCUGGAGCAAUAACAAGAGCCACUGAAAUAAUAACAAAAACAAUAACAGCAACAAAAACGCAGGCAAUAAGGAACAAAAGUAAGGCGCGCUUACAAGUGUGAAUAACAACAACGAUAACAGUUAAGGCAAGCAAUCCGGCGGCGUCACAGCGUGCAGCGACGGCGCAAAUAAGCAAAAGACAAGCGCAGUUUUGUAAUAGUUAAUAUGUAUGCGCGUGUAUGUUUGUAGAAAAUAUUGCAAUAAUGAGGCAGCUGCCAAAGCGCAGCUUUUUAGUAUAAAUGUAUAUAUAUAAACACAUAUAUACGCACAUAUACACACACUUAUCUAUACAUAUACAUAUCUAUACUCAUAUAUACAUAUAUGUAUGUAUAUACAUAUAUGCCUAGCUUAAGUAGCUGCAUUCGCAUGCACCUAGCUCUAUCUUUAAGCAGCUCAUUUUGCACCCACACACCCCCACACAUAUCUUCAUCAAUAUGUAUAUGUAUGCAUGCACACCCGCACAGCCAUCAAUCAAUCGCUCAAUCAACGCGAACAUAUAAAUUUUAAUGAAUUAUAUCCUCAUAACUUAUUUGCUAAACUACUUAAGUACCUUUGACUUCCUUAAGCGCUGUCUAACUACAUAUAUGCAGCAUAUGUAUGCUUGUGUGUCUGUAUGUAUGUAUUUUUAAGCGGAUAAGCAUAAAUUUAGCGUGUGAGCACAUUGUGCAAUAAAUAAGCAUGCAAGUCAGGAAAAAACCUUUCUUCGGCUGCAUAAAUUAAAAACUGUAGUAAAAAUUGUACUUAUCUUGAUUUGAAAAAAAAAUAAGAAAAU